AUGAUUGAUUUAGAUGACCAUCCAAUCGAUAUGGAAUAUUAUGAUUUGUUGGAGAUUCCUGCUACGGUGUCUAGUGCUGUCAUCAAAAAGGCGUAUUAUCUCAAGGCUAUAAAGUGUCAUCCUGAUAAAAACUUGGACAAUCCAUUGGCUGAAGAAAUGUUUAAACAAAUAUCUGAAGCUUAUCAAGUCUUGUCGGAUCCACAGCGUCGUUCAUUUUAUAAUAUUCAUGGAAAGGCUGCUGCAGUGGGUUCUGAAGGAUCCGUGUUUGUCGAUCCAGAACAAUUCUUUAGACAACAGUUUGGUGGUGAUAUGUUUGUUGAUAUCAUUGGUGAAAUAUCCAUUGCUCGGGAUUUUAAAGACGUCAUGGCUGCAAAAGAUCCAUCCAAAUCUAAUGACUUGACCACUGACUCCAACUCUUCUACCAUCAACUCGGGAACAGAAGUGCCAUCUACAGAUGCUACCACUCAAGCCAAACAAGACUCAGCAUUGAUGUACAAACAACGUCGUUUGAUUCGUAAAGAACGUAUUCAGAAACUGUCGCAUAAUCUUGUUGCCAAGCUUUCGCUUUACACUGAUGCCUUGGCAAACGAAUCACUCGACACGUUUCGUGCUUUGUCUACUAUCGAAGCUCAACAACUUGCUUUGGAAAGCUAUGAACCCGAAUUGUUGAGAGCGAUUGGAUUCACCUAUGUUUUAAAAGCUGAUCAGUGGAUUGCCAAAAUUGCUGCAGAGGAUGGGGGUGCUAUCUGCAAAGCAAAUUCACCAAACUUCAAGAAAUGGAUAAAAAAACAAAAAAAAACAGGUGAAGGAGGUGAAAAGACUGUUGAUGAGGAUGUCAAAGUCGAACUGACACCCCAGGAGCAAGAACUCCGCACGCAACUGGAAUAUGAAGCGGCAACAAAGGGACUAGAAGCUUUGUGGAGAGGAUCCAAAUUAGAAGUUGAAUCUGUGCUACGCGAUGUAUGCGACGAUGCUCUCGGAGAUGCACCUGGUGUGUCGACCGAGUUACGUAAACGACGUGCUGAUGCUUUGCGGAUCUUGGGUCAGGUUUAUGAAACCGUUGGUAUUGCUGCUGCUGCCAGUUCCAUGCCCAAUACUUCCACUGGCACAUCUAGCCAACAGCCUCCAUUGCCUCCUCGAAAAUAG